AUGCACCAGUACAUGCUGGGAGCUGACCAUCUGGGAAACAGCUUUGCAGGAAAGGACCUCGGGGCCCUGGUGGACACCAAGUGGAACAUGAACCAGCAACGUGCCUUUGCUGCAAAGAAGGCCAAUGGUAUCCUGGGCUGCAUGAGGGGGAGUGUUGCCAGCAAGUUGAGGGAGAAAAAUGCAAAGGGGCAGGAGUUGUUUGACCAGAUUGUGUAUCAUUUGGACCUUGUGGAAACUGAUUACUUUGGCCUACAAUUCAUGGAUGCUUCCCAGAUUACACACUGGUUGGACCAUUCAAAAUUCAUUAAGAAGCAAAUAAAGAUUGGACCUCCGUACACGUUGCAUUUUCGAAUUAAAUACUAUUCAUCAGAACCGAACAACCUUCAUGAGGAGUUUACAAGGUACCUGUUUGUAUUACAGCUCCGACAAGAUAUUCUUUCAGGGAAACUGAAAUGCCCAUAUGAAACUGCUGUUGAACUAGCAGCUCUGUGUCUUCAAG